AUGGAUAUGUCGUUCGGUGAUGACUUCUACUCCGACCCCGCCAACUUCUUCAAUGCCCUGGGUCGUCCCGUGCCGAAAAUGCCCUCCGCAGCUGAGGUUCGCAGUACGGCCCGGAAGAAAGCAGCCGCGAUUUUCGCCAAUUACGAGCUGCUGAACCAGAUUCUCCUGAGGCAUGAAUCCACCAUCCGGAAAAGAUGGACCAAGAAAGGCCGACAGCAAAGGCUCAAGAUCCUGAUGAAAGCAUGGCCUGGAAUGGCGACCCAGCAUCGCCCCGAUUACGAAGUCUUCAAAAGAGCAAAAUCUCAGCCGCUGCAGCGCGCGCCCAAGCAGGUCAAAGACAGCUUCAUGUGGCCGUACAUUAACCAGGAAGACUUAUCGCAGACACAGCCGCUUCUUCUGUUGCUCAACGCCAGAGCUCGUAACCAUCCUUCCAGCUUUGCCGCCGCGGAUCUUGAAGCCAUGCACCUGGGCAUCGUUACCGAGGCCAUUGAGCGCAUCUUUCUGAACGAGUAUACCAUGAUACUACAUGGAGUGACCGUUGCCAAGGAAUACGGCAAACUUCUCGCGUGGGACGAUCAUCCGGAUGCCUUCGACUGGAUGCAUACCCAGAAGCAGUUCAAUCCCAGCGACGGCCUCAUCGUUCUCGAGGCUCAGGACAGGCUCAUGGAGUUUCUCGUCGACUGUUGCCGGGACGUACUUCACGAUAUUUCUCAUGACCAACUGAUUAGCGAAGCGUACGCUAUCCAGCCGGAGCCGCCUCUACAGCUUGGGGAUGAAGCACGUGGGUUCGAGUCGCUGGCUUCAAUGGCCGCCGAAGCUCCUUACCGAGCCCCGGCUCAACUGGAUCUCGGUCGAAUUGAAUCGUUGCUCUCUGCAAAGACUCGCGCAGCAGAAGAUCACCUAUGGGCUCUACGCGAAGACCCCGCAUACUUUCGACAAUAUGUCCUAGAUGCACGAGAGCAUCGACUAGAAAUGAUCAAGGAUGAGCUCAAUAAUACUCAUCCGACAUUGAUACCAGGUCGUGAGGGACUCUUCCGAGCCCGCGUUGUCGGAGAAAUCCUUUUUGAAGCAUACCUUGAGCUCGAAUUCUAUUCGGAACUCCACCACCAAGCCCAAAAUCUGGUGUUUCUGCAGAAAAAGUACGAGGCAGCAAUUUCGCCGUUAAAGGAUCUUCCCGAGGAAUAUCUGAACGCCCUUUUGACUUUCCACCACUUCCUCAACCAAGCAGUCAAAGGGCCCUUGGAUCAGCUCAAGGUAGCUGUACCGGCGAGUCCCCCGAUGCGAAAGUUUUUCGUUCGUAGGCCGCCCGAGGAUGCCAGUUCUUCGAAAAUGGCCAUUACAUCAAGCGGGCUCAAGAAGACAACCCUCGAGAGUCAACUUCUUUACUUGCUUCAAACGCUGUGGGAAAACGACCAUAACCUCUUUCUCCUUCGGUUAUCAUGUGCAGUGGAUGAGCUGGAGCGUCUCUUGCUGACCGAGCCAACGACGGGUGACCUCAUCUCCAGUAACGUGGCUCGCCUCAUCGGCAAUCUCUCCAUCGUGUCCCAAGUCAUACAUCAGCUGGAGAUCUAUCAGCCGUGGGCCCGGAACUUUGAAGAUGCAUUCCUGGGGGUCAAGGCCGAGAUUCAACAAGAAUUUGCCACCAAAAGCGAACCAUGGGGUCAGAUAAUGGCGGCACUGAGAGAUACAAAGCUGGCCGCGGUGGCGAGACUUGCGGAGCCGCUUCUGAGGAACUUCAAUUAUCCCAUUGACAAGCGGCGCACGAAGGAGAACGUGGAGAAGCUACGUCAAGCCGAGCGAGAUCUCGAUCUAUUCUGGGCCGAAGUAGACCGUGUCAUGCGGCCUGCUUCCAGCAAACUGCAAGAUACUGCUGUUCAGAAGCUCUUUACGCAAGCAUCUUCUUCGUUGCAACGCACACCGGAAUGGGUCGAUCAGCCAACACCGCUGAACGUUGCCGCGACUGCUCAUGUCGAACAACCACUCUCGCCCCUCUACUUUGAUCUUUGGAACGGACGCGCAGAAGACCAGACAAAGAGCAGCAGUGCCCAUACGACGCCCGCUAGGGCCAAGAUCAAGACUAGAGGCACAGCAGAUCGACAAACUGAAUCAUCACAUAGUGCUGAGCCCACGCAUGGAGAAGAAGUGGAAACCCCCAAGCCCUGCAUCAAAGUCGACAGCCGAGCUUUCAAGGUUUUCCGUACUCUGUUCUUCAACUCGGAUAUCACCUCUACUCCUGGAGAGGUUCCUUGGAAUGAUUUCGUGCACGCCUUGACUUCUGUUGGCUUCGCCGCGCAGAAACUUUAUGGAUCAGUCUGGCAAUUCUCCCCUUCUGGACUUGACGUCGAAGCAAGCAUUCAAUUUCACGAACCGCAUCCGCGAGGCAAGAUCCCGUUCAUGGUAGCGAGGCGCCACGGCCGAAGACUUGCUAGAAACUACGGCUGGGCUGGAGACAUGUUUGUCCUGAAUAAGUAG